AGUAGAGCGCGAGACACGAAAGCUAAAGGUCGGUGUCAGAAAAACUUGAAAAACGCCCUUGCAUUUGUUGCUCUUUUGUUGUAUUUUUAAAGAAUAGUUCAUAGGUGUUUGUAUUUCUUUUUGUGAAUUACCGUUAUCUGUUGAAUAAGAAAAAUCCCUUGUUGGCGCCGCAGUAAUACUAGAACCGCCCUUUCCACCACACCUCCGUCAGUGAUACCAGAACCACCCUCGCCACCACACCUCCGAGAUCGUCAGUGAUACCAGAAUCACCCUUUCCACCACACCUCCGCCAGUGAUACCAGAACCACCCUCGACAACACACCUCCGGGACUCGCCAGUGAUACCAGAACCCCCCCACACACGCCAUGGGGAAGUGCGUCGCCUACGUCGCCGCCGCCGUCGUGUUCACCGGCCUCGGGGCGCUCAUCGCCGGGCUCGCCGUGUGGUUCACCGUGCCGGAGGUCGCAGAGAAGUUUACGUCUGAGAGCCGACAAGCCAAGUGCGUCCUCGAGUCUUCGUCAGGAGUCUCUGGAACCAUCCUGUUUCGUCAGAGCUCGGAACCGGCGCCUGUGGACAUCACCGGGAACAUCACAGGACUGACCCCAGUCAAGCACGGCUUCCACAUUCACGCCUUCGGGGUCUCGGGCGCCGACUGCAAGGCCGCCGCCGGCCACUACAACCCCUGCAGCAACCACUCCGCGCCCGACGCCGCCCAGCGCCACGUCGGGGACCUCGGAAACAUCCUCGCCGGGGAGGACUCCGUCGCCUACGUUGAUAUCCUGGACGACGAGGUGACCCUGUUCGGCUGGUACUCCGUGCUGGGUCGCGCCGUGGUCGUGCACGCCGGCGAGGACGACCUGGGCCUCGGGGGCGACAGCGGGUCCCUCUCCACGGGCAACGCGGGGGGGCGGGUCGCCUGCUGCACCAUCUUCGCCGUCCCGGAGUAGAGGGGAGGGAGUGAAGGAGGGGGAGGGAG